GAAGCGCCGGCAGCAGCAUCUCACCCGCGCCCUGAGCGCGGAGCCCUCCAGCGCACCGCGGCGCAGCUCAGCCCCGCGCAGGAGGGAGGCCGCGGGGACUCUGCGCCGCGGGAAGGGAGUCACGAGAGGAGGCGGCGGCGUUCCUCCAUUCGCAGCCACCUUCUGCCCCCUCCACCGCCUCCCCAACCCCAGGGCCGGCAACGAGGGGAGCGGCGGCGCUGCCUUCGUCGCAGCGGGUCCGACGGGAAGCCGAGGCGGCGGGAGCCGCCGGACUCGCAGUCCCGCAGGGAUCUGGCCUUUUCCCGCCGGGGGGCAGACAGAGCCGACCCUGCCGUGUGACAGCCGUGGGGGGACGCUGCUGCCUCGGCGAGCCGGGCUGAGACUGCAGCGGCUGCGGCCAUGUGUUUCUCCGCCUGCCUGUGACACAAUAACACGGGAAGCGGGGAGGGGAUCGAAGCCUGCUGAGGGGAAAAGUGACCUGCCCCGCUCAGGCCGGCGGCGAUGGAGGAGGGCAUGAGCACUAUGCAGCAGAAAGCGGCGGAGCUGGAGCACAUGGCUGAGGUCCUGCUCACCGGCGAGCAGCUCCGACUCCGACUGCAUGAAGAGAAGGUCAUUAAAGAUCGGCGUCACCACCUUAAGACCUACCCAAACUGCUUUGUUGCCAAAGAGCUGAUCGACUGGCUGAUUGACCAUAAAGAGGCCUCAGACCGGGAGACAGCUAUUAAACUGGUGCAGAAAUUACUGGAUCACAGCAUUAUCCACCAUGUGUGUGAUGAGCACAAGGAAUUUAAGGAUGUCAAGCUAUUCUACCGCUUCCGAAAAGACGAUGGGACGUUUCCACUGGACAAUGAGGUGAAGGUGUUCAUGAGAGGACAAAGACUGUAUGAAAAGCUGAUGAAUUCUGAAAAUACUCUUCUGCAAGCAAGGGAAGAGGAUGGAGUCAAGUACGAACGAACCUUUGUGGCAUCAGAGUUCAUUGACUGGCUGAUCCAGGAGGGAGAGGCCACGACACGGAGUGAAGCAGAGCAGCUUGGACGCAGACUUUUGGAGCAUGGGAUUAUACAGCAUGUGUCCAACAAGCACCAUUUUAUGGACAAUAACUUGCUCUACCAGUGCAGAAUGAACUUCCGUCGGCGGCGGCGAUUAAUGGAGCUCCUGACUGAGAAGUCUCGCUUGAUGCCAGAAACCCAUGACAGCCCAUUUUGCCUGCGCAAGCAGAACCAUGACAACAGGAAACACACCAGCUUUCUCUCAGUGAGUCCCACCAAGGAGAUAAAAAUCGUGUCGGCAGUGCGGAGGAGCAGCAUGAGUAGCUGUGGCAGCAGCGGGUACUUCAGCAGCAGCCCCACGCUCAGCAGCAGUCCACCCGUGCUCUGCAACCCCAAAUCUGUGUUGAAGAGACCUGUGACUGCUGAUGAGCUUUUGAUGCCUGGAGCCCCAUACGUAAGAAAAACUUUCACGAUUGUCGGUGAUGCCGUGGGCUGGGGCUUUGUGGUGCGAGGGAGUAAACCCUGCCACAUCCAGGCCGUGGACCCCAGUGGGCCAGCAGCUGCAGCUGGCAUGAAGGUUUGCCAAUUUGUGGUAUCUGUCAAUGGCCUCAAUGUUCUCCAUGUAGAUUACAGGACAGUGAGUAACCUCAUCCUGACUGGUCCUCGAACAAUUGUGAUGGAAGUGAUGGAAGAAAUAGAAUCCUGAGAAGGGAAAAAACCUUUUACUGGACUUUUUUUCAUGAGAGAAAUAAGGACAACCAUGGAGCGGCAGGAGAUAAGGAGGCAGAAUGUUGCUGUAUCUAAAUAGAUGAUUUUGCUUUGGGGGAGUGGGGCUCUCUUUCAUUUAACAAUAAUGGCACUGGUGAUUAUGUGAAGAAGUGAACAAUGUACACCAGCAUAUUUUCACUAAGGACUUCAUUUUGUGUGACAGAGAAAAGGUUAAGGCCUUUAGGUUGUCUGUCCAGCCACGUCUGCAUUGGCCAGAAUGGUUUCCCACCAAAGAAGCCAGGCACAUUUCCUCACAACUUGCCACUGAAUCAGAGCAUUUCAAGAGAUGAAAGAACUAAACACUGUGAGUUCAGGAUGACACAAAUGAUUUGUUUGGCAUAUUUACAUGGGUAAAUGUUCUCCUGGUGUUCAGCGUUGUCCCAGGAUCAUGUGCUGUCACAGCUUCUCUCUCUUCAGGCUCAAGGACAGCUGCCUAAAUGCUGGCUUGGUUGCAGUCAAACACAAACUGCAAAUGCAUGAAAAAUAGGUGUUCCUUCUCCAUAGAGGUUACUCUGAUAUGUAUGCUUAGGCCUGACUAAAUACACAGAUUGGUGUAGAAACCAAACUGCUGCAGAUGGAAAAGCAUGCAGUACUUUUGCAAACAUCUCCCUUGAAAAUCAGGCUUUCUGUUUAGAAGCCUGCAGACUGGUUUAGGUGCUCAAGCACAAACUAGCAAUUGGGUUUGGGAGUUUUUUAAUCCCUUAUCUUUAAAGGAAGGCUAUCUUACUAUUGCUCUUGGUCACUUUGGAGAAAUUUUGGACACCUUUAUUCCUAGAAGAACAAUAAUACUUGGCGUGCUAAAGCAGGGAAUCGUCAGCGUUGGCAUUUGCAAUGAUACAUUCAGAUGCUCCAGCAGAGAACGUACACUUCAAAUUGAAGCAAUGUACUUGAAUGUGCAUUAAGCUUGUUAGCACUUUGCAAUCAUUAGAUGUUUUGCAAACUACAGCCUUGCCACGAGUUGCAUUUGACACUGUUACUAAUAGGAUGUUGUAUUUAGCCGACUCGUAGUCUUUUUCAAACAGUAGUGUUUCUUCCUUGGCAAAUUCAUGAAAUGAAUUAUUUUUUUAAAUGUAUAUAUAUAAAUUCCAUGUUCUGCACUCAGGUGAUUCCUCAGCUUGUUGUUCAGCCUGGAGAAGAGAAGGCUCAGGGGAAACCUUACUGCUCUCUACAACGAUCUGAAAGGAGGUUGUAGCCAGAUGGCAUUUGGUCUCUUCCCUCAGGCAACCAGUGACAGAAUGAGGAGACACGGUCUCAAGCUGUGCCAGGGCAGGUUUAGGCUGGAUGUUAAGAAGAAGUUCUUCAUAGAAAGAGCAAUUGGCAUUGGAAUGGGCUGCCCUCAGAGGUGGUGGAGUCACCAUCCCUGGAGGUGUUUAAGAGGAGGCUGGAUGAGGCACUUAGUGCAAUGGUUUAGUAAUUAGAAGGUGUUAGGUGAUAGGUUGGACUUGAUGAUCUCAAAGGUCUUUUCCAACCUGGUUAAUUCUGUGAUUCUGUAAUUUGACUGCCUGGGUUUUCUUUGAACUUUGAACUGAAUAAAUAUGUCUUCACCCACAAAAUUAUAAGCAUACAUUGCAGACUCUGUCUGCUGUCCAGAUUUUACAGUUAAAGCUUGAAUUUCUAUAUAAGCAUACCAGAAAUCCUUCAAUUAUGGGGUGAGGGAAGCAUUUUUCCCUCAAUUUUGAAAUAUGUUUUCUAUUAAAAAUUGUUCUCACUAAAUACAUUGCUCUUGAAGUAUGUUUUUCACUUACUUGAACACCUUUACAUCAAAGAUAAAGCAAGCCUUCAACAUCACACUGUGUGAUGUUGUAGGUAGGAGUCCAGACAUGCUUUGUUUCAGGUACAAUCCAUCUGUAGCCGAUUUUUCACCAUGAAAGCUUCUCAUAUUCCACUAAUACGCAGCAGUGCAGGGAGGGAUAAAACUGCAACCACUAACUUGAUACUAACCAGGCACAAAAGUGUUUGGAGGAUCCUCUCAAGCCAUUACCUGGUAUGACAGUUACUUAUUCAAAUGCUACCCGCAAAAAUGUUGGUGCAACCCACAGCAGAUUAUAUUCUGCAGUUAACCCCAAAGAAACAGUUCAGCUCAUCAUGCUAUACAAGAUUGUCACAACCAUCAGUACUAUCCACCUAAGAACAGCUGGGGAAAAUCCUGCUGUCUCAGAAAUGUGGCAGUAUGCUCCAGAUUUCUGAUACUUGUGACUCCAGGAAUGCUUCUCCAAAUACUUCUGUUUUCUUUUCUGCCUGGGAUCUUUUGGUAGCUUGGUCGUGUGUGUUUGUACCACUUUAAAACAUAAAUUCUAUGUAUUAGGCUAGGUUAAGUAUUCAAAUGUGAAGGAUUUUCCUAGCAAAAUGCUAAUGAUUCUCUCUGAUGCCAUUGUGGAUUCUUCUGUCUUGCAUCCUUUGCCUUAGUUAAUAUUCUGCUACAACUUCCCCGUAGCUUACAGAUAAUUAAGAAACUGGGUCAGAAUUUAGCUUAAUAAUGCAUUAGAGAGUGUACUUCAGACUUAAGCAAAAUGAGUGGGAAUGGGGGCAGGGGGAAAAAAAACCUGCAUAUUACUGUGCUACAGAUUGGAGAUGGCAUUUUCAUUUUCAAGUUACAUGAGUCCCUAUCACAAUGUGAGCAUCAUUACUUGCCUGCACUUUAAUGGGGGUUUCCGUAUUGUGCUCUCGACUUGAUUUGACAAUCCACAGUUUAAUUAAUUCCUUCCUUCUUCAAUUUGACAAAGGUAUUCAAAUGAUCUCUACAGUGAAAUUUUUUAUUUUGAGGGGGGGAAGGGGGAGAAUUAAUUGUGCUAUGAAAUGUAUAGUUUCCAAUUGUGCUGCAGUUUGUCUGCACAUAGUGAUGCAAUACCCUCCAAGAUAGCCCACAGAAGUCUGUGCCAGGCUCUUGUGCACUUUAGAGGGCACUGAAUUUUGAAUGCAGUAGAGCACUUUGCAUCCCGUGAAGUAGGAUGGGAAAGGUAAUAUUAUUCAGAGAAGUGAGGCAUUUCAAGAGCUGCAUGACUGUCACGGUGUGGACUGAAGCAAAAAAGCAGAAAGGAAAAAAAAAGUCAAACCCUGGCAUCAGCAGUAAUAACUUCAUUAAAAAGAUUGGCAGUUUUGGAAGACUUACCUGUCUGACAUGUGUUUUUGGUUACUCUGGAUCUUGUGAGAUCUCUGCUAAACCUUUUUGCCUUAGUAACACAGAUUAGUGCCACUCCUCUGCACAUGUACACUUGCCAGUCGUUUAGGAACGUCUUCAAGCAAUAUAAAUUCAAGUGGUAGUUAAGCUAAUUGGAGCAUUAAUUCAGUGCCAUAUUCCUCCUAUUUUUCUUCUGUUUCCUAUGAGAUAGAUGAUUUUUAUUAUCAAGAUCAAAUCAUAUAUAUAUAUAUGUAUGUAUAUAUAUAUAUAUAUAUACACACACACACACACGAGAACACAAUUGGAUUCACAGCUAGCCCCACAGAAGGCAUUUCACUCAUGAAAUAAUGCAAUAAUCCACUUAAUUUUUUAUUAGCAUUUUAUCAUCUGCAUUUUGGCCUUCAUGGAAGCUAAAGGUAAAAAUGUCAGCAUGGGAGACCCUAGCAUGUCAUAGCAGCAUCUGCAGUACCAGUGGUCUGUCCCCCUUCUAUGAGAUUGCCUUCAGGCAGAGGUUUGGGAGGAAAGGAGACACAUAGCAGGAAUGCAUUUGCUUCCAUUGCUGAUUAUUUUCUCACUAAUUUUCCUCACCAGAGGACAGUCCUUGUACCAAUGUGAUGUGGUUAACACAGACAUAGCUAAAGAGCAGUCUGAGGAUUAGGAAGAAGGAGUGACUGACUUCUUUCUUCAUCUGCACCGACACAUACGAUGUGUGGAGGUUUGCUUAUUCCUGUGGAUGGAGACAAAAUGAUCAAAUUAUGAGGUAUCAGUCCAAUCAUUUCAGACAAUUUAGUGAACUAAGUACUACAUUUUUAUUGUUAAUUUUGUGAAAUAAUAAUUAUUCUGAUUUUAGAGGCAGGAACAAUGGAAACCAUGCAGGUUGCAAAAAGGUUUGCCUAAUGCAAAACGGACUUAGAACUCCACUGCUGCAAUCAUGAGUAUUUUCUUCCCAGUGUAUAAUUAGAACUAGACCACUUGUCUAAGUGCAGAAGCAUGCAUAUGUCACAUGUAUAAGUAAAACUAGACCACAGCAUUCUUCAAACAGACUGGCAGGACUGCUGACCUUCUAUGAUAAAACUGCCAUUAAAGAUUUCCAUAAAUCA